AUGAAAAUUGUUGGAUACAAUGAUAGGUAUGUUUUUGCGGUGCCCAAAGCAGAGGGCACUGACUAUAGAGCUUCUAAGCUGAAGCCACUCUUUGGCCCGGAACUGAAGGGAAUAUCUUGCACGCAAAGUGGUGGACCUGGAUUCAUCAUCGACGGCCAUUCUGUAAGUUGGGCGAACUGGGUCUUCCAUGUGGGAUUCGACGUUCAGUUUGGUCCAAUAAUAUCUCUGGCAUCAAUAUAUGAUCUCCAGAAGCAGAAAUAUCGACGGGUACUAUACAGAGGAUUCAUAUCAGAGCUGCAUGUCCCAUAUCAAGACCCAACUGAGGAAUGGUAUUACACAACCUACUUUGACUGUGGUGAAUAUGGCUUUGGAAAGACUAUGUCCUCACUGCAACCAUUCACCGAUUGCCCUGCCAAUGCUGCAUUCCUAGAUGCAUACUAUGCUACUUCAGAUGGUACUCCUGUAAAGAUAGCCAAUGCUUUUUGCAUAUUUGAAAAGUAUGCUGGUGAUAUCAUGUGGCGUCACACAGAAACUGCAAUCCCAGAUGAAGUGAUAACUGAGGUGAGGUCAGAUGUAAGCCUAGUGGUGAGAACGGUUUCAACUGUGAGCAACUACGACUAUGUCAUAGAUUGGGAAUUUAAACCCAGUGGCAGCAUCAAACUUGGGGUUGGGCUUACCGGGAUAUUAGGGAUGAAGGCAGGGAAAUACACCAACACGGAUCAAGUAAAAGAGGACAUCUACGGCACACUGCUAGCAGAUAAUACUAUUGGUGUUUACCAUGACCACUUCUUGACCUAUCAUCUUGACCUUGACAUUGAUGGUGAAGCCAACUCCUUUGUCAAGUCUAAUUUAGAGACUGUAAGAGUGAAAGAACAUACCAUACCCAGGAAAAGUUAUUGGAAAGUUGUAAGUGAAACAGCUAAAACCGAAGCUGAUGCCAGAAUCAACCUGGGGUUCAAGGCUUCUGAGCUAGUAGUGGUAAAUCCUAAUAAGAGGACCAAACAAGGAAAUAAAAUUGGGUACCGUUUGCUUCCAGGCUCAGUGGUGCACCCACUUUUGUUGACUGAUGAUUAUCCACAAAUCAGAGCUGCAUUCACCAAUUAUAAUGUAUGGGUCACACCAUACAACAAAUCUGAGCAACGGGUAGCAGGAUCAUAUGUUGAUCGCAGCAGAGGCGAUGAUACUUUGGCUGUUUGUUGUCUAAGGGAAAGAGAGAUUGAGACUAAGGACAUAGUAUUGUGGUACACAUUGGGAUUUCACCAUGUUCCUUCCCAAGAAGAUUUUCCAGUCAUGCCAACGUUGAGUGGUGGAUACCAAUUUCUUUGA